AUGACUACGCUAUACUACGACAUGAUGCUCGUCGAUGGGGGGAAGUCGCACGAGAAAUCUGAACUUCGUCUCCCCUGCGUGGGUUCUCGCCACUCUCGCCCGGUGGUUUCAUCUUUCCUGCAGAAUAGGUACUCUCGCCGAAUCGGCGCGAAUGAGUGGUUGGGCGGGGGAGGCCUCUACGGAAGCCCCUUUCUUCCCGAUCUUUCCAAGGAGGAGGCGGCGUGGCUGCCGGUUGUGAAGUCCGCCCUGCAGGACGGCGCGAUCAAAGACGACUCUUCCCUGCCUUUCAUCCCCUACACCGGAGGGGGUUGCUUCGCGUCGAUUCACAGCAGUGGGGAGGGGGUUUCCGAGAGGGGCUAUGGAUCGUAUCAUAAUCGUUUACUAAACGAGAUCAUGAAGAGGGAGACGACCAGACGGGAAUCACUGCUUUUCGAAGAAUGUCAUUCCUUCACCAGGUGCAUCGUGGAUCACUUACAGAGGGUGUCUGAGCUGAUAGGUCUAGCCAGCGAAUGUGAGGCGGUUUUGCAUGAGAAAAAAUCUCGACAACGGGAUAGAGGGGCGAUGCUGGAAAAAAUUGAUACCGAAACCGUGAAUCGCCUUGCUCGUGAGCGUGCUGAAAAGGCCCUGAAGCAAAAAUUUGCGGCCCUCCUUCCCUCCCAUUCGCAGGGACGGAAAGAGAUCAUCUCCCAAGAGCAAGAGGAGUUGGAGAAAUUGCUGGCGAUAGAGAAGCAACAACGACCAUUAGGCCCCGGCUGCUUUUUGCCGAGCUCCAUCAAGAAGGAUCCUCGACUGGGCAACGUCCGUCCGCUUCGCAAAGGUGCCAAGUCGCGAAAAUCUACCACUACUGAAAGACAUCUCAUGCGUCUUCGGAGCUCUUCUCGGCGUUCGGAGGGUGCGAAUUUAAAUACGCAAAGCAAAGCCUCCAGCGCGUUGGCUCUUCUGACUAGUAUGGGGUCCGAAGAGGAAAUAAGUGAGGAGAAAAUUUUCGAGCUCCAGGGGCUUGAAAUGUACCGUCAGGAGAAGCUUACCAAAUACGCUGCAUUAAAGCGAGCCAGGGCGUUUAAGGAUCUUGACGAAGAAGAGGAUCUCCAGCGGCAAGAUAUUCUUAAGGAGGAGUCGGAAACGUGGAUUCCGUUGCUACGUCUUGGUGUGGAUGGGAUUUACGAGGCCAAAAAUCAAACACGUCUGCGUAAGGCUCGCGAAGCAGCCGAAGAGGCCAAAGCCCAGGAGGAGGCUGCUCUGCGGGAGGAAAUCAAGGAGCAUCUGGCGAUUGUACAGCCUGAUGAGCAACAACAGCAGAGAAGCCCCACUCAGAUUCUAUCCAAGCCCCAAGAUGGCGGUGAGGUGUUCGAUGAGGAGAAUGAGGAAACCAUUCGAUCCGAAGCCGCCACGGCGGAGAUCGAGCGAAUGUGGCAGAACUACUCCUUCGACAAAGAAAAGAGGGCCAGUUUAAUCCUGGAGAGUCAGGGAAGUGAGCCUGUGAGGGCUGCAACCGAUCUGAGGCUGAACGAGUCCACUCAGCGCAGCGUGGGGGAGGAGGGCCGAGGGGGUUCCCCGGCUAAUUCCCAACCUGAUGCCUCUCUUCUUGUCGCCUCGGCGUCGAUGAACGACGGCCCUAACGCCCAGCAGCGGAGCCUUACCACUGAAAUGAGCCCUUUUAGCACUUCGCAUCUCUUAAAGGUUCUUUGGAAACAGGAUCUGAUGUACAUGUCGCUUAUGUGUCAGUUCAGCGAUCAUAUCGAGAAGUUUGAGGCCGAACACAAGGAAGAGGUGACUAAUAUUAUCAAGGAUAUGCUGCGGCAGCGAGUCAAUCUAGUAGAAGAUCAAAUCGAGCAUGUAUGGUGUAUCUACUGUCGGUUCAAGCUUGAGAAAAAUAUCAAGUCGGAGAAGGGAAAAGACAAAUAA